AUGAUCGCGGCCGCCUUCCAGACAUCACUUAAUUUCGGUCGUGUGGAUCCUGAAAAGCUUGUGGAGACAGGGAAGAAUAUUCAGGUCGUCUGGAUCGAGCCAACGCCUGAGCUCAUCGUGGGGGAGAUCAAGGAGGCCGCCCGGGUGAACAAUGUUGAGCCGGCGAGAGUCGCUGGGGUGUGGUAUGGUCAGAGAGGCUCCAACGCUCAAGCCGCGCAUGAAAAAGCGGGUCCAGAAGAAAAGGUGAUGUAUGAGUUGCAUGGCGGGGGAUGGGUGCUGGGGAACGCGAGUCCGAAGUGGGACAGCGCCUACUUGUGCGAACGAAUGAUCCAGUACGCCGACGAGUACAGCAGUGUGUUGCAGAUCGAGUAUCGACUGUCGGACGGCCCACCCUUCCCCCCGAAAGGAGCAUUUCCCGCUGCGCUGAUCGACGCUAUAGCCGGUUACGACUAUCUUGUCAAUGUCGUUGGGUUCAAGCCGUGGAACAUCGUUGUCGUGGGCGAUUCCACGGGAGGGAAUCUUGCAUUUGCCCUCGUCCGCUACCUCGCUAUCAACCAAUUUUCCUCCCUACCUCUUCCUCGCGCACAGUUUCUACUUUCCCCCACUGCGGAUUGGGGUCGCACGCACGAGGGUCCGAACUCGGCGAUGGAGCGGAACAGCGAAACCGACUUCCUACACUGGUUCUUGGGCGGGUAUGCGACGAGGGCGCUAUUAGGUUCCCUCCCGGAAUCGGACGCGUAUUCUAACUCGUGGAUUUCGCCUGGAGGCCUGCGGAUGCCUCAUGUGAAAGGGAUGUUCGCCGGCAUGCCGCCGACAUUGAUCAUGUCAGGCGAGCUAGAGAUGACACUGGACGGGAUCACGACGUUUCGGGACCGUAUCGCAACUGACAAUGCACCAGGAACAGUCACGUAUAUCGAACUGCCGGAUACGACGCAUGCCGCGAUGACGGGGAAGUGGCACGAGCCGCAAGCGACUCGCGGGAUUGAAGAGUUUGCAAAAUGGUUGAAUCAAGUGCAUGAUCGUAUUUAG